AUGGGGUGGGACAUCCAGGGGUGGGUCAUCCCAGGCAUUGAUAAGACCCAUGGUCCGGGUCCUGCGCAGUCGGCCGGCCAGUGCUCUGGAAUCCAAGUGACUCCAUCGGCAUGGCUGCCACCAGCACAUCAAGGAAACUUUCACCUCAUGGACCAGCACUUCGGAUGUGCUGUUGGAGUUGACCUUGAUGUUUUUCAGGAGCAGCCCCCUCCCGUGCGGAUUCCGACGGAGGCGGCUUGUUUUGAAGCCGACGCAGAACGGGUGUGCAUGGGCUUGCCAUGUGUUUGGCAAGAAGGCUUAGCAGAGGGACCCAUGACCACUUGUUCCAGCUGCCUUUCUGUUCCCAGAGAUGGACACUGUGCAUGCACCACGUGUUGGGCGGAACAUUUCCCAAAGUUAGGCGGGAGAAAACGGACAUACAUUUCUCCAACCCAAACCAGUAUCCUCCUUCAAGUCUUUGACAAGAACCGCUUUCCAAGCAUUGCUACAAGGGAAUACCUGGCCAGACUCACCGAUCUUCAGGAAUCCCGCAUUCAGGUCUGGUUCCAGAACAGAAGAGCUCGGCACCCAGGGCAGAGCAGAAGUGGCCCCAUGAAGGACCUGGAAACACACCCCAAACACAGUCCUCGUGUGACAGUCCCAGGGGAACCAGGCCCCCUGGCCGGUGUCCGUGUAAGCUCUCCUCCGCUGGCUCUGUCCAUUCCUGCCAUUCCUCGGGGACGCAUGCAGGCCCUUGCUGCAGGGACAAAUCCCAUUCCCUACAUGGGCUUUGCCCCUCUAGUUUUCUGUGGGGGCCCUGGGAGCCAGGCCCUGGGGGCCACGAUGGUCCCGCCCACCCAAGGUGGGCAAGGAGGAAACAACUUUCCUGCUGCUGAAGGACUGAGGAGCCGUUCCUUGAUGGGACCGACUCUGGGAGGGUGUCUCUCUGUUCGACACGCUCUUCUUUGCCCCCCGUCCCAAGGGGAAUACCAGCAGCAACAUGAGCACCCUGGCAUGGUACCCCUGCCCUUCCAAGACUACCCCCAUCCUCUAGCUGACAAUCCUUGCCAAGGCUUGAAGGAGGCAGGGAACCCUGGAGCAAAAGCGCUGCCCAAUUCUGGAGCUAGGGACUGGGAAACUCUGGCCCUGGCAGCCAAACCAAGCAAGGAGAAGAGGUCGAAGAAGGACACCUCCACAUGCCUUUUCCUCCUGCCCAGACAGAAAGUCCCAUCUCCAGGAGCUGAACGUGCAGACCGAGGCAGGAUGCUACACAUCCUGACCUUGGGAGCCCAGGGUCACGAAUCCAUCCUGGCUCGGAUAGGCUGGGAACCAGCGAAACAGCAAACGACUGCAGUCUUCCAUCUUUCAGUGAUCCUGUCCCAGCCAACGUCUGGAAUGCCCUGGGGCCUUUGCCUCGCAUCUUUGCCCCGGGAAGCCUUUCCAAAGAACACAAAAAUGCAGCAAGAAGGGCCACAGCCACUCUCAGCAGGCAUUCCAGAAAGGGUACCACUGGGACUCACUCCUAAACCUUAG